AUGAAUGCAGAUGAAUCAAGUAGUAAUGUAGAUAAUUUAUCUGAGAUAAUGGAAGAAGAUAAUGUUAGUUUAUUAAGUGAAAAAGAAAAUGAACUAAUUACAGAAAGUUCUACCACUAUUCAACAUCUUGUUCAAGAUAUGGAAGCUGAUGAUAUAAUAGAAAAUGAUAUACUUAAUUUGGAUGAGGAAAAUAAAGAACCUUCACCACCUCCCAUAUUCAUAAUGGAAGUAAAUAAUAUAUUAAAAAUCCUUAUCACAUUUUAUAAACAAACAGAAACUGUAUUUAGUAAUGAUAAG